UGGCCAGGCCACUUGGUCCCUCCAGAUUUUGUAAAACCCUGACUUACAUUCUAUAGCCAAGCACAUCUUUCCUAGUGGGCUCCCAUUGAAUAAAACCAACUGAACUUGGAGGAGAUGCCUUAACUCUUUGUCAGGUAAUUAUGGGUCUUUUGGAUUCUCCAGUGGCUGUGGUAUAUGAUGUGGGUAUUAGCAAACUCCAUACGAAGGCAGGCCUGAGGGAGUUGCUAAGCAGGCCAGCUAGUUCUGGCCCUGGCCCUUGCCUUUUGAUAUGCUGGCCUGUGGGCCAGAGGAGACUGGGGUGCUUGGAUGUGCUGGAUUUAGCUUGUCGGUGGGUGGUAGGCCAUAAGGAAAGUUAAGCUAAGAAUAUGGAUACUGUUGCUAUUCCCUUGUGUUUGGAAUGUGUGUAAAGAAAUACAAUAGAGAUAAGUGGUCUUAUAUGGCAUGCAUGGGGUGGGGGUGGUCUCCAGCAUCCUAUUGCUUAGACAAAAUUCUUAACAGAGCACUGAUCAAGGAUCCUCCCCUCCCCUCCCCCAAAGCUAAAUGUUCUGCUUGGAAAUCUAGUUCCUUCAGUGAUUCCUUAUUUCAAAUAAAAGGAUUUAAGUUGACGUAUGACCACGUGAGCACAUAAUACAGCGCAUUAUUGUGGCAUUUGGAGCGGAGACCCAGGCAAGCUUCUCCUGUGAUUACGUUUUCUGGAUUCUCUACAAGCCAGAGCUUUCCCCCUCCACCCCCACAUACCCACUUCCUCCUACUUCCCCUUCUCCGGAGAGUGCUCUCUGAACCGGCUGCAGUUUUCAGCACUCAUGGACCGGUUCUGCGCAAGCUAACUGAUGGGACUCAAGGCCACACCAGGAGGAUGGAAUUUAUUUUAAGGUCUCCGCGGGGCGGCCAUUGGCGGCGGAGCGUCACGUGACCGCGGGGGGCGUGCCAAUGUGCGCCCUCACGGGUGCCAAGCCCCUGUCAAGAGUGUGCGAUCAAGAUCGUGAAACAACGCGAUGCAAAAAGCGACCUACUACGACAGCUCUGCGAUCUACGGUGGCUACCCCUACCAGGCAGCCAACGGGUUCGCUUAUAAUGCCAGUCAGCAACCCUACCCGGCGUCUGCAGCUCUCGGCGCCGACGCCGAGUAUCACCGACCGGCCUGCUCACUCCAGUCUCCCGCCAGUGCUGGGGGCCAUCCUAAGGCGCACGAGCUGAGUGAAGCGUGCCUGCGCACCCUUAGCGGCCCGCCUAGCCAGCCCCCAGGACUAGGCGAGACAUCCUUGCCCCCACCGCCGCCCCAGGCCGCGCCCCCUGCCCCACAGCCACCUCAGCCCCCGCCACAGCCCCUAGCACCUACGCCUGCAGCGCCCCCGCCCCCUUCUUCUGUCUCCCCACCUCAGAAUGCCAGCAGCAACCCCGCCCCCGCCAGCGCAGCCAAGAGCCCCCUGCUCAACUCGACCACUGUGGCCAAACAAAUCUUCCCCUGGAUGAAAGAGUCGCGGCAAAACACAAAGCAGAAAACCAGCAGCUCCAGCUCAGGCGAGAGCUGCACUGGCGAUAAGAGCCCGCCUGGUCAGGCUUCAUCCAAGCGCGCGCGCACGGCCUACACGAGCGCGCAGCUGGUGGAGCUGGAGAAGGAGUUCCACUUCAAUCGCUACCUGUGCCGGCCUCGCCGGGUGGAGAUGGCCAACCUGCUGAACCUCACCGAACGCCAGAUCAAGAUCUGGUUCCAGAAUCGACGCAUGAAGUACAAGAAGGAUCAGAAGGGCAAGGGCAUGCUAACGUCAUCAGGGGGCCAGUCCCCAAGUCGCAGUCCCGUGCCACCCGGCGCCGGAGGCUAUCUGAACUCUAUGCAUUCGCUGGUCAACAGCGUCCCAUAUGAGCCUCAGUCGCCUCCGCCCUUCUCCAAGCCCCCACAGGGCGCCUAUGGGCUGCCCCCUGCCUCCUACCCCGCGCCCCUGCCCAGCUGCGCGCCACCGCCACCUCCACAGAAGCGCUACACAGCGACCCGGGCGGGCUCAGCAGGCACCCCUGACUAUGAUCCACACGCUCAUGGCCUGCAGGGCAACGGUAGCUAUGGGACCCCACACUUACAGGGAAGCCCCGUCUUCGUGGGGGGCAGCUAUGUGGAACCCAUGAGCAACUCCGGGCCUGCCCUCUUUGGCCUAACUCACCUCCCCCACGCUGCCUCAGGCGCCAUGGACUAUGCGAGUGCUGGGCCGCUGGGCAGCGGCCAUCACCAUGGGCCUGGGCCUGGGGAGCCGCACCCCACCUACACGGACCUUACCGCCCACCAUCCUUCUCAGGGAAGAAUUCAGGAAGCGCCCAAGCUCACCCACCUGUGAUGGUGGAUUUGGGGCUGUGCGCCAGGAGAGUCUCCCCCCUACUCCACCUUUCCUCUUUGAUUGCUUUUUUUAAAAAGUUCUUCCAUUUUCUCUCUGUGCUGCCCCCCCCACUCCCUUUCCCCGUUUUUUUCCUCCCCUUUUGGUAAUGCGUUUUUAUAGUUUAUGUGACGUAGCAAUCUUGGUUGCUGGAAUGGCUGUCAGUAUCAGUAGCGAUAUUUAUCUCUUCCUGCCCCUAGCUCGGCCACUGGCCCUGCACUCUUUACCUUCUCACUCUUUGAUCAGAAACAGGGUAUAUGAACAAAUUUUCUAGUCGAGUUUUCAAUGUGAAUUUGUUCGUACAUUGUGGCUCCCGAGGGGAAGCGAUGUUUUUUUAAUUUUAAUUUUUUUUUAAAUUGCACUUCUUGUAAAGAUCGAGGAAAAAAAUCAAAGGCGCUUUGAAACAGGGGUUCCUUGUGCAAGGAUGAUUAAGUGUACGUCUUUCCGUGUGUGUAUGCUGGUGAACAGUCAGAUUUAUUUAUAUUUUUUGCAAGCAUUGAAUAAUCUAAGUUUUAAAUAUUAUUUAUCCCCAUCCGUUUGUAUUUAUAUUAAAAAAAUUCUGUACCCUGAUUGUUCAGAAGGGUUCUUGGGCCUUUUGUUCAAUGGUGUGUUGGCGUACCUAGAAAAUUUUUUAUUUGAAAGGGAAAUAUAAUUCCUUUAUGAAACGGUAAUGAUGCAAUAAAACCAGAGAGAAUCCAGCUUUUGAAAACAGUGGUUUAGGUUUGUAACAUCUGGCAAAAAUGAAAAAAGUCUGUAAACACGAAAAAUACUAGAUUUGUUUUGAGAGUUCUACAUUCCUUGCUGCUCAUAUUCUGAGAAACAAAACAAAAAAUAAAGUUUUUAUUCUGAAUAAUAUCCGUGUUUAGAAGGGGUUCUUUGGCCCGAAAGGAGGAUCUGUGUGGAAUUUAGGCAGAGGAGAGCGGGCGGAGCAGGCCACGAGCGCCAGCCCGCCGGCUCCGGCGCUGGGACCGGGCAAGGCGGCAAGCCUGGAAGCUCCGCGAAUUUUUGCGACCUAGGCUGGGACUCCUGCGGCGACAGCUCUGGUUAACGCCUUGCUGCCCGCCGCUGGGCUGCCUGGUUCCCAGCUGCUACCGAGGCAGGCCGAGGGCGCAGGGGCUGCGGAGAGCUGUUGGCGGAAGAAACAAAGGCAGUCAAGCCCAAGGAGCAGCGGGGAGCUCACAGGUGCUGGGCAGUCCCACCGGGAAGUAAGGCAGGCCUUUCUCCUCCUCCACGCUCUUCCUAGGGUCAAAGUGGGCCAGCCAACGCCUUAACCUGAAGAGUAGCCAGCCACACAGAGGAUGCCAAGCACUUUCCGCUAGCCAUCGGACUUCUGGUCUCCUCCGGGUACGCUUUGCGGCCCUGUAUAACGCUGGGAGGAAAGAACGGCUUCUUAGAUCCAUCGCAAAGCGUAGCAGUUUGCAAGGGACUGAGGAUCACCAGGUCUUCAGCAAAAGGAAGGCUGUGAGCUCUUCCCUGUGCUGCCUGAAUCCCAACAUCAGCUUCCUCCUGAAUUUAGUAUUUGGCAGUCUCUGGAUUUAUUUCGUCUCCUUCUUCCCUCCCAGCUUUCUUUUUAUGGCCCCAGGGGGAAGGGGAGAGAGUAAGGAGAUUGGCAUCUUUCUAAUAAAAAUGGAAUUUUAUAA